AUGAGCUCUAAGAGAACUCCAUCACGAAAAACAGAAAGCCCAACACUCAUAAGAUUUCUCAACCGAAAAUCCGUUGCCAAUACCUCUUCGGAAUUUUCAGCAACCCCAAAAUCGUUAAAAGUAUCUCAAAUGUCUAAAAAAUAUCAACUUUAUAGCUCAGCUUUCCAGAAAUUUAAUGCAAAAUUAAACAGUAAAUUUUCUCUUCGAGAGUCUUUAACAGUAAAAAGAAUCGGACUUUCUCCUGCCAGAUUUUCUGCAUCACAUCCAGUAUCCCGUUCGUUUACCUUAGACACAGCAAGUACCAAAACACUUAAUACUACCAAUGGCAAUGCUUUUAGCUGCCAGCUGUUAACAUAUUCUGAGCAAGAUGGUGCAUCUGAUUGUAACCAAUUUGCUAUCGAGGCAAUUUGCUUGCCAAUUCCUGAAGAAAAAUAUCGUAAAAAAGUAUUUACGCCAAGAAAAGAACUAAAUAUUUUGAAACCUUUACAAUCAGCAACUACAAAUACAUUUCAGAAAAAAGGAUCGAAGCAGAAGAUUCCUUUUAAAGAAGCACAACAAAUUAAAUCCUGAGUACUCAAAGCAAGACCUGAAAUAGAAAAAAUGUGAAGAAAAUAUAUAAAUAGAAGCAAUGGGAUUGAUCCUAUUGUGCCUGUAAGCAUGAAUUAUAAAUUUUAUAUUGGGAAAGGAAAUAAUUCUCAAUUAAUUAAAAAAUUCCUGUCAAGUAGAUCUUGAUGGACUGCAACCUCAAACCCUGCUGAGGCAAAUUUCAUAUGAACUCAAUGAAAAGAUAGAAGUUUGCUAUCUCAAUUUGAAACCGCAAAAGAUAAGUCAAUAUCAGUUGCUGAAAAUGCACAAAAUUCUUUAUUUUGUCCAUUAAAAGCCAAAGGUAACAAUAAAGUAUACCAACCAGUAGAAAUUGAUUCUCUUGGUUUCAACCUUAAUCUUAAUUAUAAUUUAUGCACCAUAGUAGAUCACUAUACCCCUGAAGAAUAAUGACCAGGAAAAAUAUGGUCCAGGACACCGCUGAGUCUUAUUAGGUAUAUAAAAACCAUAAAUGGAAAAUAUUUCAUUUUGCUUGCAGCUUUAUAACAUUUACAUGUGUAAAAAUUAUUUUAAAAAUUAAGAUGGAUGGUUAUUAAUGAUCUUUAAAAUUCCAGGGCUAUAUUAUAGUUUGGGUAGCUCACUGUUUUAAAAUGCAAGCUUCUUAAAAUUUAUUGAAUUAACGAGUGAUUUAAUUAUAAUUAUAAUAAUAAUUUAUAUAUCAAAAUUUUUUGUUCGCUUUUGAGACGGUUGGAUUAUGGAUUUUCCAAUGAUUUUUUUUGGCUCAUAGAGGGGAAGAAUAAAGGUUUUCAUCUCUCCACUGGCUCGGACUUACUAACAAUAUGCUCAACUUGGUAGCCUGCCAGAGAAUCUAAAAAAAUGAAUUCUAGUAAAUUUUCUGCUCGAUGUGAAAUAUGUGGCCUGGGAGAGACACCAAUCCCAUAUUCCAAGAGGCAAAACCUACUUUGAAAUUGAUUGGGUUAGGUGCUAUCACUCUAUUGCUAUUUCUGUCCAUUUCUUGUCGAGCAAAUACUUAGUAGGCAUAAUUCAAUAUUUGCUUGAGAAAAACAGGCUGGAAGGCUAGCUCAGGGCCAUAAACCAUAUUUAAUUCUUGGGUUUCAAUCAAUCAUUUACUCCUCAUCAUAUGCAACUUUAUGUGAAGAGCAGAUAAACUCAAUAAAUCAAAAGAUGCACAAUCGAUUAGAGUUUAAUCAGCAUUUAUCUAAUAAAAAAGGAUUAUAUACAAGCAUGAAAAAUUAUUAUGAAGCGAUUGGAGCAGACCUUUUCUCUUUUUUACCAUUAACAUUUCAUAUAAGAAAUGGGGAUGAUGACUCUGAGUUCGAAAGAUUUAAAGAAGCCUUUGCCGACAUGGAAAUGCAAAAAAAAAUAAAACCAAGAUUUCAAAAUCUUUGAAUUAUUAAGCCAGGUGAAAACACUAAUAGAGGUGUAGGAAUCACUGUUUGCAGCUCAAUUGAGCAAAUUAAAAAUAUUAUAAAAAAUAAAGUUAACCCCAAAACAGGAGAAGAAAGGACAUUUAUUUUGCAGAAAUAUUUAGAGAGGCCUUUUUUGAUACAUAAAAGGAAAUUCGACAUUCGUUGCUAUGCUUUAAUUACCUCUAUAAACGGAGUCAUUCAAGGAUAUUUUUAUACUGAUGGAUACUUACGAACUACCUCUCAUGAGUAUUCAAUUAAAGACAUUUCUAAUAAUUUUAUUCAUCUCACUAAUGAUGCCAUUCAAAAACACUCUGAGGAAUAUGGGAAAUUUGAAAAUGGUAACAAGCUCUCUUAUAGAGACUUCCAAAGGUAUUUAGAUUUUCAUUGUUCUGAAAAGAAAAUAAAUUUUUACCAAGAAGUGCUACCUAAAAUAAAAACUUUAGUCAAAGAUACUAUGAAUGCAGUGUUUUUAAAAAUCGACCCUAAUAGAAGAGCCCACUGUAUUGAAAUUUUUGGGUAUGAUAUUAUGCUUGAUAGCAAAUGUAAGCCAUGGCUUAUUGAAGUUAACACCAACCCAUGCUUAGAACUUUCAGCUCCUUAUCUUGCUAUGAUAAUCCCAGCUAUGGUUGAAAACGCUUUCAGAAUAGGUUUAGAUCCCCUGUUUCCUCCUCCUAAAGGAAAAUUCGGCUCCGACUCCUUCUCCGAGAACAAAUUCGAGCUGAUUUUCCAUCAAGAAACUGAUGGAAAAUCUCUCCUUUCCUCAGCUGGAAUCCGUAAAAUACUGCUUGAAGAAUCUAAUAUAGUCUCAGACAAUGAGGAAUUAUUUUCAGACGACGAAGAAGAAAAAGUCUCUGAAUAG